AACAAGCAUAGCUAAAUAAAGCAUAUGCGCGAUUUUCAGGAAACCUCCAAAAAUAGCAACUGGGUCGAUGCACAAAAAAAAGUGUUCGACCCUUGGCACGUUCGAUUGUUGCCUCACCGAGCGAACGGCUGCAAAGUUGAUCUUUGGUAGAAGGAAUGAGGGAGUGAGUUUGUGUCCGUCGUGAGUUUUUCGUGCGCGCGCUCCCUACACGCGCGUAAAGUCACACACAGCCGCACGCGCGAGACGCCGGGACACGGACGGAUCUUUACUCUUUCAUUCAGUAUUGUGUGUGUGAGGAGGACAGACUGCUGUGAUGGCGGCGCUGACCGGAGGAGAGAUGUGCGUCAAGUAUCUGAUGUUCGUCUUCAAUUUCAUAUUCUGGAUUGCAGGUACAGGAGUCUUGGCUAUUGGAAUCUGGCUGAGGUUUGAUCCCAAGACGAAAAGCUUGUUUGAAGGAGACAACUCGCCUUAUGUUUUCUUUACAGGUGUGUAUAUCCUCAUUGCGGUCGGUGGGCUGAUGAUGGUCGUCGGGUUUUUUGGAUGUUGUGGUGCCAUCCAGGAGUCCCCUUGCAUGCUGGGACUGUUCUUCUCCUUUCUGUUGGUCAUCUUUGCGGUCGAGGUGGCUGCUGGAAUUUGGGGCUUUUCUAACCAGACCAAGGUUACUGAAGAUAUAACGAAUUUCUACAAGGAAACGUACAAUAAUUACCAAGAAAACAAACAACCUGCUCUGAAAGAAACACUCCGUCUCAUCCAGCAUGGACUUAACUGCUGUGGACCGUCAGGAAACAUCAGGGAUGAAGAGACCUGCCCGGAAAAAAAAGGGGCCCUCGAUAUUCUCAUUACAAAGAGCUGCCCUGAUGCCAUUGAUGAAGUCUUUAACUCCAAACUUCAUAUUAUUGGAGGCGUUGGAAUCGGCAUUGGAGUGAUCAUGAUCUUCGGCAUGAUCUUUAGCAUGAUGCUGUGCUGUGCCAUCCGGAAAACCCGGGAGAUUGUGUGAGGGUCCGGUUGCCUGGGAAACUGCCAGUAUAUUUGUGUUGCAUGAUGUCUGUCCCAAAGCACUGUCUUGAACAUGACCUCAUCAGCUAAGAGCCAGUUAGAUCACAGCGUCAGGCACACAACCUCUUCACGUCUCUGAUUGACUGGAAUUCACUCUUUUUCUUAGUGCAGCUGUAUCACUGGUUCAGUCACGAGUAAUGAGAGAACAGGGUUGGUUUAGCAUUCCAAGCCCAUUUGAAAAGGCCUUCAAGUCUAACUUUUUAUAUUUUUUUAUCGUUCAUAAUAGAUUUUAAGGAUUAACCAUUUGUUCGCUUUGUUGUACUCGCAGUACUGCUUGAUAUGAAUUGUUCUGAACUUUUCUAAUGUUUUGUUUUUGAUUUGUGAAUAGGGUUGAUUGAUUUACCCACAUCGGUGCAUACGGCUCAAAUAAAAGCCAAAUUAUUCAUGAA